AUGUCCGCUGGCGAAGAAAUUGAUCAGGCGAAUUAUAAAAAACAAUUAGAACGCACCCAAUCUAGUGACUCGGAUGCGAUUAAAAAGGAACCUCCAUUAAAGACCGAUCCUAGAUUUGUUUCACAAAAUUUUGCUCAAACGUAUCCAGUUCCUCAUGCAAACACUUAUCAAAAGAUAUUAGAAUCGUGUGGGAAGUUUUUCGGUGGUUGGGGUACUUUCUGUUGUCUUUGUUCGAAUCCAUAUAAAGAAGUUAGAGAAGGUGAUGUUGGUUUAGUCUUAACUUUUGGUAAAUUGAGUAAGUGUUUAGAACCUGGUCUUAAUUACGUUAACACUUGGUCUGAACAAUUGAUUAAAGUUAAUAUCAAAACAAAUAUCAGAGAAAUACCCGCACAAUCAUGUUAUACUCGAGAUAACGUUAGUGUUGUUAUAACUAGUGUGGCAUAUUAUAAUAUUAUUGAUCCUCAAAAGGCGAUUUUCUCAAUCGAUGAUAUUCAUUCUGCGGUUAUUGAAAGAACUCAAACCACUUUAAGAGAUGUUAUUGGUAAUCGUAUUUUACAAGAUGUUUUAGAAAAAAGAGAAGAAAUUGCUGAAUCAAUUGAACAGAUCAUUUCUAAAACUGCCUUUGAUUGGGGGGUUAAUAUCGAAUCUAUCUUAAUUAAAGAUUUACAAUUGCCCCAAUCAGUUCAACAAUCGCUUUCUAAAGCUUCUGAAUCAAAACGUAUUGGUGAAGCUAAAAUCAUUAUGGCUAAGGCUGAAACCGAUGCUGCAAGACAAAUGAGAAAGGCUUCCGACAUCUUGUCGUCUCCAGCCGCUCUUCAAAUUAGAUACUUGGAUGCUCUUCAAAAUAUGUCUAAAAAUCCCGGUACUAGGGUUAUUUUUAUGCCUUCUUCUGAUGCAAUUGAAAAAAUUGCUCAUGCUCCAACUGCAAAUCAUCAACAACAACCUCUCGAACCCAUCUCUGAAAAUUCUACCGGAAGAACUGAUAUUAACCAAUCAAGAGAAAUCACUAAUACCAUGGCUCUUCAGGAAGCUUUAAGAGAUGACUAG